AUGAGCGUUGAUUUAGAGCGCUUGAAACUACACAAUGAUGCCGAAGGAUAUUUUGACACCUCGUCCCUGGUUGUUGAGGCCACCCAGCCUCGCCAGGGCCGCAAGCCUACCCGGCGUGAUUUGGACACCCAAUCGGAGCCGGUCUCCGCCAACUCAUCGCCAACUGAAGCUGACCGUCCCACAUCCUGGCUUUUAGGCCUUGGCACUGACGAAGGCAAAGGAUCUCUCAAAUUCUUCCAUGAGCGUCGCUCCUCCGACGAGGUGGCACCCACUCCGCGGAGUGAGUCUGCUGAGCGCCCGGCGCUUAUUCGCAAAAAAAGUGGUGAGCUCGUCAAAUCAUCUUUGAAAUUGCCUGCUUUGGCGCGCACAAGGUCCAUGCCCAAUACCAAAACCGUCCAUUUCGAUACCAACCUUGAACAUGUCCGCAGAUUCAACUAUCGUGAAAAGCCCGCGAAAGUCUCAUUUGAGUGGGGCGGCGAGGAUGCUAAUGGUGCCUCCGACGAUGACGAACUCUCCGAUGACGACUUCUCGGAGGGGUGGACUAUAAGCACCCCCAACUUCAAAGCUACUAAUUAUGAUCGCACAGAGGGCAAAGACCGUCCCAUCGUUUACCUGGACAGUCUUUUUCUCAGCCCUGAUCAGCAGUAUUUACGUGGCAACGUUUGUGUUCGGAACAUUUCGUUUGCAAAGCAAGUCACAAUUCGCUACACAAUUGAUUACUGGCAGACGCUGUCUGAGGUCGAGGCCUACUACAACUCUGACGUUCGUAGGCUAGAUCGGGCUGCUGGAUACGACCGAUUCUCUUUCCAGAUCCCCCUGGCCACUUUGCCGAGCAGAGUCCUGCGCAGGGCAUCCAUGUUUUUGUGCGCCAAGUACUCGAUUGAGAACGAGGUUUAUUGGGAUAAUAACAACAAACUCAACUACGAGGUCGUAUUUCGCCACGAGUCGCACCACCACGAUCGCUACAUGGAAAAACGCAUGUCCGCACCACCUCGGUUUGUUAGCCGAAGACUGUCUGCAGAUGAUACUUUGCCCUACGUCCAGGAUGAUGCAGGCCUUGAUAUCAAUGCGUCCGAGAUCUUUGCAUCCGUGGCUCUGGAAACCCGGGUUAAUAGCAUAUCACGGCCUGCUGCCAAAGAACCCAGUGAAUUGAAAUCUCGCUACUCCUUCGGAUCAGCAUUCAACCAACCAUUACGAUCUCCCGUUACCGCAAACCAAACACAAAGCACAGCUAAAGUGAAAUCGAGUGAAGCCACCUCCACGCAGCCAACCCCCACUAAUGUCAAAACAAAUGGGUCGCCUACACAGAAGGCGCCCGCAAAGAGAGUUUUCCCGGCAGCGGCCCCCAGUCAGUUUUCCUGGGAUUCAACAGGGUACCAGGACAUUUUGUCCAAAUUCUGUUUUGCCGGAUCUGAUAACAGUUCGCCGCCUGAUGCGCCAAUUCAAACUGUGAAAAAGUCUGCUGUUGUUCCUAGCUCAGUAGGCAAGCCGGUGUCGCCGGCUCUUUCGCCCUCCGAAAGCCCGCCUCCCGAGACAUCCACAACAGCUCCUUUACAGAGAACAACCAGCUAUUCAUCGUUCCGCCUCGUGCAGUCGUGA